AUUACGCCUCUCCAGCGCAUCUUUGGGUGUGAACGCAACGACAUCUCCGCCUUUCGCGAAACCCCCUCCUUUCCUGAGCUGAGUAUCACAUUCACACAGUAACUCCAUAGAUCACUCCUCAUACACCAUCCUGCUCAAAAAUAAUAAAGGACGUUAAAGAAAAGACCUGACAACAAGGCGAGCAAUGCUAUCUUCUGACAAUGCCUCAUCACCACCUUUGAGAGUGAAGCAGGAUGAAUUUCAUCUUCUACACAUUUCUGGCAUACUUUUAUUUGGGAUCGCAAAUCUUCCUUCUCCAUACUCUCCUUCUACUCCAGCCCGCUCAUUCUCACCCGCAGCCCUGUCACAUCCUAGCGCGGAUAGGACACACCGUGCGCCUGGGUGCGCUCCUGCCUCCCCGCCAGUCGGUCCGGGUGCGGGCGGCUCUCCACCGCGCCCUCAGCGGUCUCGCCGAAAGCGGCAACAACUUUCUUCCGUACAACUUGAGCCUGGACGUGGUGGCUCGAGAAGCCCAGAGCGGAGACCCCGAGUCGCUCUUCAGGUGUGUGUGUCAGGAUAUUGUGGUCCAGGGGGUCUCGGCUGUGCUCGCCUUCCCUCAGACGCAAGAGGAAAUAGUACAAAUGGAAUUUAUGUCUUCUUUUUUGGAAAUCCCUUUUAUAAGCAUCAUUGAGCACGGAGAACCCCUCAAAACUCAGAAUCGUUUCCACUUGCAGAUGACGACUCGUAUUCCUCCAUCGGGAUUAGUGGAGCUACUUCUGGCCGUUUUGCAGCGCAGUGGCUGGGAAGAGAGCAUGGCAGUUCUUUGCCAUGGUUGGGAGGAUGCUGGUCUUCUGGAUCUCCUAAAACUCCAAGGCCGCUUUGGCUGGGGACCUUCACAAUGGCACCUGCGGGCCGCUCUUAAUCUCUCUCACAGCACAGCUCGCAUGGCUAACAUUUCUGACUUCCUGUCUGAGCACUUUAAUCUGGACCAUUCUCCUCCUGCCUCAGUCCUGCUUUUUGGGGCUGACCCGGAGUGUGCCUCAUCAGUUCUGCGCAGCGCGCAUGACCUGGGGUUGACAUUGCCCACUGUACAUUGGAUUAUGGGACAUCCUUUAAGCCCAGAUGCUCUUCAUUCCAUUGGCCUGCCUUUAGGACUGCUGGCCUAUGGAGAGGUCGACCACAAACCACUGGAUUUCUACAUUAGUGAUGCCCUGCAGUUGAUCAACAGAGCUGUUACAGCUGCAACUGUUGUACGGCCUGAUCUAGCUCUUAUCCAAAAUAUGGUCAACUGUUUUGACAAACCCAACAAACACGAACUACCCUCAUCAGGACAAUACAUUGCCAGGUUCCUCUCUAAUACAUCCUUUGUAGGGUUGACAGGCCCUGUCAUCGUUCAACGCAACCUUUCUCGUGUACACACGUCUCAUAAGGUCCACAUUUGGAGUCUUCGACGGGAUGCCGUCGGUCAGCCUACGUGGGUAACUGUAGGUAGCUGGGAAGGUGGUAGGUUGAAUGUGGAGGAACAGGGCUUAUGGCAAGGCUCAUCACCUCGGCAGCGCACGGAGGGCCAGAUGGGCAGGGAAGGACGUAGAUGGCGAGCUGGCUUUCCUGUGUCUGGGAGUCGUCUACGUGUGGUCACUCUGGUGGAGCACCCGUUCGUGUUCACUCGAGAGGUAGAUGAGGAUGGAAACUGUCCUGCUGGGCAAUAUUGUCUGGAUGCAGGAACAAACAGUUCAGAAACCUUAGAUCAUUUGUACGCUGAGCGGGCUCAAGGCAACAAAAGCUUCUUGCCACCGGAUUACAGCAAGUGUUGCUACGGAUACUGUAUUGAUUUAUUGGAGAAGCUGUCAGAAGACAUGAACUUUGAGUUUGACCUGUACAUAGUUGGAGAUGGGAAAUAUGGGGCUGUCAAGGGAGGGCAGUGGACAGGUCUGGUGGGUGACCUCUUAAGUGGAGUAGCUGAUAUGGCUGUUACCAGUUUUAGCAUCAACUCGGCUCGCAGUAAGGUGAUUGAUUUCACUAGUCCAUUCUUUUCAACAAGUUUGGGAAUACUGGUGCGCAGUAAAGACACAGCAGCACCUAUUGGAGCAUUCAUGUGGCCUUUACACUGGUCCAUGUGGAUGGGAAUUUUUGUGGCGCUGCACAUUACAGCACUGUUCCUCACUCUCUACGAAUGGAAGAGUCCCUUCGGCAUGACGCCUCAUGGACGAAACCGUGUAAAGGUCUUUUCCUAUUCUUCAGCCCUCAACCUCUGCUACGCCAUCCUCUUUGGCCGCACAGUCUCUAGUAAGACACCAAAGUGUUGGACUGGACGUUUCCUCAUGAAUCUAUGGGCCAUAUUUUGCCUGCUGGUUUUGUCCAGUUACACAGCAAACCUAGCUGCAGUGAUGGUUGGGGAAAAGACCUUUGAAGAAGUGUCGGGAAUACAUGAUGCCAAGCUUCAUCACCCCUCUCAGGGAUUCCGAUUUGGCACAGUUCGGGAAAGCAGUGCAGAGGAUUAUAUGAAAAAGAGCUUUCCUGAGAUGCACGAAUAUAUGCGGAAAUUCAAUGAACCUACCACACCUGAUGGAGUCGCCACUCUAAAGACAGAUCCGCCUCAACUUGAUGCGUUUAUCAUGGACAAAGCCCUGCUGGACUAUGAGGUGUCCAUUGAUGCUGACUGCAAGUUACUGACAGUUGGUAAACCCUUUGCAAUUGAAGGCUACGGGAUCGGUCUUCCCCAGAACUCACCUCUAACCUCCAACAUAUCUGAAUUCGUCAGCCGUUACAAGUCAGAUGGCUACAUGGACAUGCUGCAUGACAAGUGGUACAAGGUGGUGCCGUGCGGAAAGAGAGUUUUUGCUGUUACCGAGACACUGCAGAUGGGGAUUCGUCACUUCUCAGGGUUAUUUGUGUUGCUGUGUGUUGGUGUGACUGGGGCCUUACUUACUCUGGCAGGAGAGCAUGCCUUCUAUCGCCUGGUUCUUCCACAUAUACGCCGCAAACAGAAGUUCAAAUACUGGCUUCAUACUAGUCAGAAAAUCCACAGAGCACUGAACAUGACUUACGAGGAUGUGAAACGGCAGCGGGCAAACACAGAGAAAAGGUUUUGUCUUUGUUUUAUUUAUCUGUUUUAUAAGCAUCAGAAUUGUCCAUAUUACAACUGAUGAAAUCACUUUUCACUUUGAAUAUCUUAAAUCCAUUUUGGAUUAUGAAUAUUUAUUUUCUAUUAUCUUAUAUAUUUUUUCCAUUAUCAGUUAUCAUUUUGGAAUAAAAUUUUAAGUUAUAUCUGGUUUUAGAUUAUUUUUUUUAUUUAAUAUCAUUCCAAAAUUUAAUGAUAGCCUGGGGAAUGUGCCGACAUAUAGCGACAAUGUGCUUUGGGCAUGCGGAUUCCGAAUCCCUUCUCCCUCUUUAUCUCUGUCUCUAACUUUGCUCCCUGUCUAGCAACUGUCCAGUCAUUUAUAACGAAACAAAAAAUCUAUUCAAUAAACCUAAAAAUCUAUCAUAUCAUUGGUAGUGUUAGUAUGAUUUACACUAUUAAAUUACAUACAGGUCAAGUCCAGUGUUGCCAGAUUGGGUGGUUUUGAAUUUGAUUGUGGAGGUAGAAAAUGCCGUAGGCGGGUAGACAAAAUUUGGGUGUAGAAAAGUAAUUCAGUUAGCAGUGACCAGUGCAUAGCGCAAACCACGUGGGUCCACCCGCAAAUGGAGGUAAAAUAAAGUUGUAUCAAAAUCUGACUCCCGAACAAAUCUGACUACCAUUCACGUGCAUGCGCAUCACACAGCGCCUGCAGUUAAACUCACAGUGGUUUAUCAUAACACUUUAAUUGAUCUUUUUUAUGUGUUGUCUGAUUGACAAGGAAUACCUAAUUAUGUUUAAAAGAAUUUAAAAUGCCAAAUAGGACGAAUUAAUACCCUAUUUUAAAAAGUUACUAUCAUUCAACCAGCAUUUUUUUUUUUUUUUUACCAGAAAUGACUAGGGACGGGUACUGAAACUCGGUACUUUAUCGGUAUCAGUGCUACAUAAUAAAGAGCAAAGUAUCGAUAAGCUCUGAUGUUAACAGUUCUGCUAUCGGUACUGGUGAAAUAUUGCUAAAUAAACAUUACUUACAGUAGCCUACUUUAACUGACCAACCUUUUCUAAUAUACAACAUUUGAUAUUCGUCUGCACAGUUGUCAAUCUCACAUGAGAAAUGCUCGUGUUUCAGGUGAGCGCGUUAAAUAUAAAAGUCUUCACAGUUCUUUUAAAUUUUCAACUGCAGGGAGCACAAUAAACUAAGAAAGAUCCCGACUUUUGUUAGAAAAGGCAAACAUGUUGAUUUUUCUCCAGAAGAAUGGUUAAAACAGCAUCAUUUUACCAAGCGUCUUUUUUAAUCUGGGGUCGCCACAGCGGAAUGAACUGCCAACUUAUCCAGUAAAUGUUUUACCCAGCAAAUGCCCUUCCGCAACCCAUCGCUGCGAAGCAUCCAUACAUACUCAUUCAGACUUAUACACUACGGACAAUUUAGCCUACCCAAUUCAC